AUGCUUGGAAUUCGAACUGCAGUCAAAUCUGAUUUGGGAUGUUGCGCUGCUGAGCUGGUAUAUGGAACAACUUUAAGAUUGCCAGGUCAGUUUGUAGCACCUAAACAGAAAGAUUGUGAUUUGGACCCUAGCAACUAUAUCCAUCGACUGAGAAAACAAAUGGAGAACCUCAAACCUCAGCCCACUCGUAUUCAGCAUCGCAAACCACAGGUCCACCCUGAUCUCACAUCAUGCACCCAUGUCUUUGUGCGUCAUGAUGCUGUCAAGAAACCCCUUCAACCACCCUAUGAUGGCCCAUAUCAAGUCAUCAAGCGAGCUGAUAAGUUUUUCACCAUCCUACUCAAAGGAAAACAUGAAACUAUCAGUCUCGACCGUCUGAAACCAGCAUAUUUGGAACCACCCAUUUCACCAACCGUUCCAACCACAGUUCAACCUAGCUUAUCUACUCCUGAAAACCCUAAACCUUCUCAAGUGACUACUACACCAACCACUAAGCCUCCGCCUCCCUCCAUCACUCCUUCUUCAUCAUCUACCGAGCCUGAAAUCAGACAAACUCGUUCAGGUCGAAAAGUGCAUUUUCCAAAGCGCUUUGUUCAAGUCCUUCAUUUUAAUUGA